CCAACAUAAUCUGAUCGAAGGAAAUCAAAAAAUCAAACCGACGCACCGGCGCAUGUACAUGACUUCGAAGCUGACAAAGCAAACUCGCCAUUCCUGAACUGUGUUGCUAAAAUCAAAAGGGUUAAGCAGAUACCUUUCUUCAUGGCGCAAAGAAACCCUAGUCAAAAGCAACGCUCAAAUUAGAUCCCAGCGGUCGAUUCGGCUUGUUUUUUUGUUAUUGAUUUAUUGGUUUGAUUGGCAAACAAUCUAUGCAGCGCAUUUAGCUAAGUUUUGCUAAGUUCAAGAAAGCUUUUGCUAACCUUAGCUAAGUUGUGCUAAGUUCCUGUAAGCUUUUGAUAAGUGCCUACUAAGUUCUAAAAGUUCUUGAAGUCUUCUUAAGUCAAGAGUACCCUAGUAGCACCAUUUCCGCGUCAGAUGCCAAAAGUCAGAGUGCAAAGGUGGGGGGCCUUGAGCGAGUGGAGAAACAGGCAGACAAAGCCGCUUACGUGGCGGAGGCUGCUGGCCCUGCAAGUUCAAGUGGCGUGCCCUUAGACAGAAGUGGACCACAUGGGUCCGCAGUGCGAAGCCCUCGCGACGAACGACCGGCAGAACGCCCUCUGCCCUGGCGAACGGGUCUGAGCCUACUUAUCCCAGACAGGGUCUCGUGUUGCGAAGCUUGAAGAGUUCAAAUCCGACAGAUGUAAAGCGCUCAAGAAGCGGUGUCUAGACGUUGUAAACGGGACCGCAAAUUCUUUAUGUCCUCAAGGAUGCUUGGAGGUCGUGAGCCCUUGUGUGAUGUCAUCCGCCACUUUAUCAACUUUGCGCCACCUUCGGUGGCCACUUAUGAUGGUGUACUUGGCGAAGUUGGCGCGCGCGACAUUUUUGCUGAUUUCGAGGAUCUUGCACUUUCAGUCCCCUCCUCAGGACUCACUGCCUACUGGGCUUACACCGGAAAAUUCCGAGCUCCCUCCCUCUGGUCCCAACCAGAUCGAGGAUGGACUCACCGGAAGCGCGUGGGGUGACUGGGCCAACUACACCGCUUCUCCAUUGCGCGCGUUCGAGAAUGAGUUGGGUGUUCAGGCUCCUGUGGGAUUUUGGGACCCCGCCGGAUUCACGGCUGAUGGCAGCGUAGAGGACUUCAAGCGCCGUCGUCAGACUGAACUCAAGCAUGGUCGCAUCUCUAUGCUCGCGACGAUGGGAUAUAUUACCCCGGAGAAACUUUCCGGCAGCGUGAGCGAGCUGAAAUUUGAACUUUGCAAUUGAAAACUGAAUGAUCAGAACGCGCAGUUUCCAAUAGUUUUUUAGAUAUUGUUUGGCAAACUCGGUUCUAACAUGUUUUUAAAGCGUUGAGGGAUCAUGCGUGCUUUGCUGAAGGUUCAAUGAUUGUGAAUUUAGAAGAAUAUAGUGUAAUGUAGGUUUUCUGACUGACCGGCUGAGGAUCACUGGAAAGCUGCCGGGCUACUUGUCCCCAUCGGCCGGAUUGAAAUUUGCCGACGUGCCCAAUGGACUUGCAGCAAUCUCCAAGGUGCCUGCAGCAGGCUGGGGACAGAUCUUGGCCUACAUGGCAUUCUGCGAGGUUUCCCAGGAUCAGUCUCCUGGCACACCUGCUGCCGCUGGAGAUUUUGGUUUCAAGGUCUUGACUUCUUCCGAUCCUGCGGAGAAAACCAAAAAAUUGUCGGCGGAACUUGCUAACGGAAGACUUGCGAUGAUGGCGAUCAUUGGCAUGUUCUUCCAGGAUGGGCUCACUGGCAGCGCUUGGGGUGACUGGGCGAACUACACUGCUUCCCCUUUGCGCGCGGAGCCUGUCAGCGGAGCAGCCGCCGCAGCUGCUGCUGCCAAGGCAGCAGCUGCUGCCAAGGGAGCAGCUGCUGCCAAGGGAGCGACGGCCACAGGAUCGGCAGUGGCAGGUUCGGCUGGUGUGGGAUCUUUGAAGGAGAAAGGUGUUUCAGGCAAGGGAAGUCCUGAAUUCGACCCAUCCACCCAGAUUGGCGCUAUGGCCCCACUGGGUUUCUUUGACCCCGCCGGUUUCUGCAAGAAGGGCGACGAAGCUGGCUUCCGAAACCUGCGGGCAGCCGAGAUCAAGCAUGGCCGUGCUGCCAUGAUGGCUGCACUUGGAGCAGUGGUGCAACACUACGUGAAGUUCCCAGGCUUUGAGUCCGUGCCAAGUGGCUUGGCCGCUGCUGUCACACCACCCGGGAGCUAUGGCUUCAUUGCUUUGUUCGCGGUGUCUGGAGCGUUGGAGCUGGGCCUUUGGACGGAGAGCGACGACAAGGAACCCGGAAACUUCGGUGACCCAGUGGGAUUCAACCAGUACACUCAAGAAAUGAGGGAAACUGGCGAGAAAUCAACAACGGCCGCUUUGCCAUGUUUGCAGCGCUUGGUAUCAUUUCUGCAGAGCUGUACACUGGCAAGGAUGCCAUUGAGCAGUUCGGGCUGUAGAUCGUUUUGGCAAAAACCGCCAUGAACCACCCAAGGUGACAUCAUUUCUACAACUUUGUUACUUUGUCCUGCAAUGUCCUGCAUUCAUUCAGUCCGGGUGGUUUCGUGCAUGUUAAGACUUGUAAGUGUCUUGAAUGCGCUUCAGCACAACCUUGGUCUGAGGAGACCAUUCUUAAGUGCGUAGCAGAAACAAGAGA